AUCGAUCCAAAUAAUGGUUACCAAUCGAUUCAAACUUUAACUGCGACAAAGCUAUUAUCUAUAAUUAUUAUAACCUGUUCGGAAUUAAUAAUUAACGGAAUCGAUGUGACCGACGAACACGGAACUGAUCCAAUAAUUCAAAACUUUUGAAAGUAAUUAGGAAAUCGGUCGCUAAACUGAUUAGGAAUCAUAACAUCACGAACGCGAGUUUACUUCUUCGUUCGGUUUCAGAACUUAAGUGAACGUGAUCCAGAUUACUUUUCGAGCAAUCAGGUCAUGAUUGGGUGAAUGAUUUGUUCCAACAAAAUCCGAAUAUUUGUUCUGUGGUUUUGACAAACAGAUGAUGUAUUGAUGUGGCAACUGUUGUUAAACAAUGAUAAUCAUUACAUUUUUUUAUUUAUUAAUUCCAUAUAAAUAAGAAAUCGAAACUAUAGCAAGAGAUUAUUAAGAAAGUAAUGGAUAUCCAAAAUGUUAAAGAAGAAAUUGAUAUCCACGAUGAUAUUCUGUCGAAUAUCAAUAUAAAACAAGAAAUGAUUGUCGAAGCAUCAAAAAUUCAAAAUAUAAAUGAACAAAUGAAUGGAAUUUAUUCAAUCAAACAAGAAGUAAACAAUGAAAUAUUUGAUAACCAUGCGGACGCAGCUAAUGAAACAAAAAUGAGCAUUCUCAGUACUCACAUUGUAAGAAACAAACUGGGAUAUUUAAAAGUUAACCGUGUAAAGCGAAUUAAAUCAAAAAUUACAGGGCUGAUAAGAAAAGGGAAAUAUAUUGAACCAAAUGCUAUGGGAUUAAUGAUAUGUGUAUAUUGUGGGAAUUUAUACACAAAACAAGUAGAAUUGUUAAGGCACAUAACAAUGAAUCAUUGUAUGAAACAAAACAAAUUAUUUUCAAAGUGUAACAAUCACCAUAAAAGUGAUAACUGUAUUAUGGAAAAUCUUGAUAUAAAAAGUGAAAAUGAGGUAGUUGAACCUGAAUUCAAAGUGGAGUUGCAAGAAACCAUGAAUCAGUUGGACGUUACUGAUAGUUUAAACACAUGUGUACAUGAGAAAUUACCUGUAAAAGGAACUAAUUCAAAUAUGCCAUCGAUUACUUACACUAGGGCAAAACCAUUUAAAUGUGACAUUUGUUCAAAAACUUUUCGAUAUACAAGUUACUUGAAGAAACAUUUGCGAAGUCAUACAGGAGAAAAGCCAUUCAAAUGUAACAUUUGUUUAAAAACUUUUUCACAGAUAGGUAGUUUGAAUAUACAUGCUCGCAAUCAUACAGGAGAAAAGCCAUUCAAAUGUGGUAUUUGUAUGAAAUCUUUUACAAAUAAAAGUAGUUUGAAUAUACAUUUACGGAGUCAUACAGGAGAAAAGCCAUUCAAAUGUGACAUUUGUAUGAAAUCUUUUACAAAUAAAAAUGGUUUGAAUACACAUUCAAAAAGUCAUGCAGGUGAAAAGCCAUUUAAAUGUGAUAUUUGUUUGAAAUCUUUCACACGGAAAAGAAUUUUAAAUAGACAUUUAAAAAGUCACACAGGUGAAAAGCCAUUUGAGUGUAGCAUUUGCAUGAAAUCCUUUACAAAUAAAAAUAAUUUGAAUACACAUUUAAAAAGUCACACAGGUGAAAAGCCAUUUAAAUGUGGCAUUUGUAUGAAAUCUUUUACACAUAAAAGUAGUUUAAAUACACAUUUGCCGAGUCAUACAGGAGAAAAGCUGUUCAAAUGUGGUUUUUGUAUGAAAUCUUUCACAUAUAAAAGUAGUUUAAAUCCACAUUUACGAAGUCACACAGGAGAAAAGCCAUUUGAAUGUGGCAGUUGUUUGAAAUCUUUCACAUAUAAAAGUAGUUUGAAUAUACAUUUACGAAGACAUACAGGUGAAAAGCCAUUCAAAUGUGGCAUUUGUAUGAAAUAUUUUACAUAUAAAACUAGUUUGACUAAACAUUUACGAAGUCACAUUGGUGAAUAGCUAAACUAUUUUUUUAAUUGUGGUAUUUGUUCAUAAUCAUUUUCACAUAAAAAUAGUUCAAAUACAUAUAUGCUUAUUCACUCUGGAGAAAAGCCAUUCAAAUAUGAUUUUUUAUAUAUAAAGGUUGUUUAAAUAGACAUUUGCAUAGUCCACAGGAGAUAAUCCAUUUAAAUGUAUUUGUAUGAAAUCUUUUACACAUAAAACUAUUUUGCAUCGAAUGCGAAGAAACAUUGUGUUUUUUUUUGAGACAUAACUGUAUUGAUUUGUUAUAUAUAAAUCACGUGCAAUUAAACAGAGUAUUUUUUGUUUUCCCAAACAAAAUAAACGGCGAAUUACUACAACUACCACAGCUGUUCAGACACAUAUUUAAUUGCAACAAGCAGAGGAUAAUUCUUUGCCAAGUUUUCUACAUGUACAGACCAUUGGAGGGCACCGUUAAUAUGUAGACCAAGAAACUUGAACGAAUUUGAGGAUCGUAUUAAGUCACUGUUGACUGUUUGAAGAGAGAUCAUUCGCGUCAGACCAAUACUUAGUAGUAAUGAGAUAUUUGCCUAUGAUAGAAUGUAAAGCUUAUAUAUCUGGACCACUCCAGGUUACGCUGGUGUCAUAUGUGAAUUUACCAUAAAUUUGUAAGUUUGUGACAUCAUUAAUGAAUAGCAAACAAAGAACUGAACCCUGAGGUACACCACUGCUAGAUGACAAUUUGCUUGAAAGUUUGCCAUUAGCUCUUAUCAAUUGUUUUUGACAUUCAAAGUAAGAUUCAAACCAUUCUAAGGAAACACCUCGGAUGCCAUAAUAUUCUAGUUUGUUAAUCAGAAUUUCAUGAUCAACAACAACAACAAGUGAGGUAUAUAUUUCAUUGGUAAAUUUGUUGUAUUUCUGAAUUCCUUUGUCAGUUUGGCCUCUGCCUGUAUUUAGGAAACUGGUCUAGUUCAGUUAUUCCAAGUGCAUUGAAAAAAUAACAUGUGUUGAUGUGUGACCUCUGUUGUCAAUCGUGAUCAGUUUAUUGUAACUUUUAAGGUGUAAAAUGCUCUAAUAUUGUUAUGAUAUGCUCAUAAUAUGUUCAAUAUACUGUUAUCUCAACAUUAAUUCAAUC